AUGGAGGCAGCACAAAGAAAAGGUCGUCCAAAGAAAAGGUCGUCCACAAGAAAAGGUCGUCCACAGAAAAGGUCGUCCACAAGAAAAGGUCGUCCACAAGAAAAGGUCGUCCACAGAAAAGGUCGUCCACAAGAAAAGGUCGUCCACAGAAAAGGUCGUCCACAAGAAAAGGUCGUCCACAGAAAAGGUCGUCCACAAGAAAAGGUCGUCCACAGAAAAGGUCGUCCACAAGAAAAGGUCGUCCACAGAAAAGGUCGUCCACAAGAAAAGGUCGUCCACAAGAAAAGGUCGUCCACAGAAAAGGUCGUCCACAAGAAAAGGUCGUCCACAAGAAAAGGUCGUCCACAGAAAAGGUCGUCCACAGAAAAGGUCGUCCACAAGAAAAGGUCGUCCACAGAAAAGGUCGUCCACAAGAAAAGGUCGUCCACAAGAAAAGGUCGUCCACAAGAAAAGGUCGUCCACAGAAAAGGUCGUCCACAAGAAAAGGUCGUCCACAGAAAAGGUCGUCCACAAGAAAAGGUCGUCCACAAGAAAAGGUCGUCCACAAGAAAAGGUCGUCCACAGAAAAGGUCGUCCACAAGAAAAGGUCGUCCACAAGAAAAGGUCGUCCACAAGAAAAGGUCGUCCACAGAAAAGGUCGUCCACAAGAAAAGGUCGUCCACAAGAAAAGGUCGUCCACAAGAAAAGGUCGUCCACAGAAAAGGUCGUCCACAAGAAAAGGUCGUCCACAAGAAAAGGUCGUCCACAGAAAAGGUCGUCCACAAGAAAAGGUCGUCCACAAGAAAAGGUCGUCCACAAGAAAAGGUCGUCCACAAGAAAAGGUCGUCCACAGAAAAGGUCGUCCACAAGAAAAGGUCGUCCACAGAAAAGGUCGUCCACAGAAAAACUGGUUGGACAAUGUAA